CCCCACAACUUAGAAAGCUUGCUGAGUUCGUCAUGAAAGUCUAUGCUACCUCAUGGUUUACCAUAAAAUGUCGUCCUAAAAUUAUCCACGCAUCACAAUACUUUUUCUUCAUCGUACAGUGCACCAAGUUUUUAGACAGUGAACUGAAGGCUGUGGCUCAGUCUUCCUUGCAAAGAAACGCCUUUAUGGCUCAUCCUGAACACAUCCUUUUAGGGAUGUUGUUUGACUCUCGAAAACAUAUAAGAGCUUUGGCAGGCAAAUGGAUAGAAAAAGCUCGACAGACAGAAACAAGGGCACAUAGAGUCUUCAAACCACCACAAGUUAAUUUUGAGGCAGAAGACUACAUCGAUCUCAUUGACUGGCAAUCCACCACAGUUACAGAACCACCACUUAUAGCUGACUUCAGCAAAGAUGAGAUUGAGAUGAUUGUUAAUUCAGGAAGCAGUGAUAGAAAAGAGUUCAAAAUACCACUUCACACUCAAGCGGUAGAACGAGUUGUAAAGGAAGUUACUGCAGCUUCUAAGCACGUUUGUGGCGUUCAAGAACGAGAAGGCUUUAUAAGAUCAAGAUUAUUGGACAGAAAGUAUCUUCCUAAGUUUGAAACUAAGCGACAGUACACAUCUGCUACAGCUGUAUUGCAAAAAUAAAUUACAGAUCGAAGAAGCAUUACAAUACCUGUGGCUUUGAAGGCUAACUGGAUUUGUUUAGCCAACAUCCUUCAAGAUGAAAUAAAGAACCAUUUUAAAGAUUUUUCUUUAUCAACUUUUUAUCUGUAAUCUUUAAGUAAACUUUUGUAUUUCUUUAAUAAAUUUCGUACCUCGAUUUUUCGUUGUUACAAUUGAGAUUUUCAUAAAGAUUCCGGGUGACUUUAUGCUUAGUUACAGAUAUUAUCCUAAUUUUUAUUGUUCACUGUUAUCACGUACUUAA